AACCAACGGCCGUGAUCUCUUCGCCACUCCUCGCAUAGUCGCAUCUUCUUCCCGGCACGGUUCAUGUUGCUCCGCCGCCGCCUCCUCUCCACCGCGGCGGCCGCCGCCCGUGGCCCGCCGCCGAUCCGCGUGGACCGGACGGAGUCGGCCGGCCGCGGUGUCUUCGCCACCCGCCCAGUCUCCGCCGGCGAGCUCCUCCACUCCGCGCAGCCCCUCGUCUGCCACCCCUCUCCAUCGCUUCUACACGAGGUGUGCUACAGCUGCCUCAGGAGGAAGCAGGGGGAGGGGCGCGCCUCGAGCGGAGGAUCCUACUUCUGCAGCGACGCUUGCAGGGAGCACGCCAAGGGGUUCCAUGACAUCGAGAAGAACGUGGAUUGGUCUUCGUUUGAGGACCACUGCAGUUCACGUGGUCUGAAAUACCCAUACAUGGCCAAGCGGCUUGCUUGCAUGGUAAUCUCAGGAGCUGCUAAUGCGGACUGCCUUAACAUACUUCAGCCAGCCCGUUUGCACCAGGGGACACUCAUCGAAGUAAUGGAGGAGGAGUUUGAGUUGUUGGAGUCCACUUUUAUGAAAGCUGGAUUUCAGGAAGAACUCACCACCUUUUUGACCAAAGAGUGGUACAUCAAUGUAUUGGCAAGGAUACGCAUAAAUGCAUUUCGCAUUGAAUUGGUUCCAAGCUCAUAUGAGGAUCUUCUAUCCUCUGCAGCAGCCUCUGUGUCAUGUGAUGCAUCUGUUGGCAAUGCGGUUUAUAUGCUUCCCUCAUUCUAUAACCAUGACUGUGAUCCGAAUAGUCACAUAGUUUGGCUGGAAAACGCAGAUGCUAAAUUGAAAGCCCUCCGCGACAUUGAAGAAGGGGAGGAGCUGCGCAUCUGCUACAUCGAUACUAGCAUGGAUGUCAAUGCUCGGCAGAGGAUUCUUGCUGACGGAUUCGGCUUUGAGUGCCACUGCCAUCGGUGCUUGUCUGGAGACUAGAAAUCAUGUUUCGCCCCCAAGUGUUUCUUCCUGAGCAUGAUGGCGUUGACAUGUAGAUUGGUUCUUGAAGCGCCUUGAGGUCCAUGGCCUUGACUCUUGAGCACUAUCCUGCAGAGCUGCAGUCCUCUGUACAAUAGUUAAUGCCAUUCUGAAUGCUUGACGAUUAGGAGUAAGGAUUACUUUGGUUUUUGCAUUUCCAUAUUAAGACAUGCUAGAAGCCCAGAAAAUGCUCGUUUCUUUACUUGAAAGCGCUGAAUGCUGUGGCCGCUUUUGUUUAGCCUCUUUUCCAGUCUUUUUAUUACGGGGCCACUUUUUCAGUACUUUAGUGUCAGAGAUGUAUAAUUUGAAUACGUAGAUCAUUUGAACAUCAGAUAACUUUGUAAUUGUACUUGCGGUGCCAGUAUAUUACCAAAGCGAGCUAGUGUCAAUAGA